AUGGCCCAGCCAGUGAAUGCACUGUGGGGUCUCCCAGACAAGAAAAGCAAAAGCACUCCACCGAAGUGCUUCAAUAUCGCGUCCCGUGUACAAAAAAGCAGUAUCGAACAGCCCCUGAGCUGCCGUGUGCACCCUGUGACGGUGCUGAAGAUUCUGGACGCGUACGUGCGACGGCCCGCCGGGGCCCAGCGCACCAUCGGCACCCUGCUGGGGUGGAUUAGUGAGGGAAGUGCAGUGGACAUCACCGAUAGCUUCCCUGUGCCCCACAAGGACACCACCGACGAGGGCGUCGCUAUCGAUCAGGAUUACCACAAGUCGAUGUUGGAGCUGAGACAGAAGGUCUCUCCACGUGAAGUGGUGGUCGGCUGGUUCUCUACUGGUGACGAAAUCAAUGCCACUUCAGCAGUGAUCCAUGCCUUUUAUUGCAAGAAGGAGUCAUCUCAGUUCAAUCCCACAGCAGUUUUGCCGGGCCCUCUCCACCUUCUCAUUGACACAUCUCUGGUGCAGCAGUCCUUCGGCAUCAAGACCUUCGUCAACGUGCGCACCGCCGUGGCGGAGAACCUGCUGCAAUUCCACGAGGUGCCACUGAGGGUGCAGACCUCCGCCGCGGAGAAGUCGAGCAUCUCUCAGUUGAUGCAUGCCAGAAGAGCGAACAGGGAAGCGCAGGCAAAUCGAAUGAACGCCAAGGACAUGGCGUCCCUGGAUGGUCUGCAAGGAGGCCUCAAGGAGUUGCUGGGUGCUGGCCUCAGCGCUUAUCCCGACGCAUCCAACAAUACGUCAGAGCAGUCCAAUCUGGAAAGGCCGCAGGGAGUUGCAGAAAUAAUCAUCGAUGGUUUCAAGUCCUACUCGACCCGUGUGCCUGUGGGACCCUUCGAUCGGCAGUUCAAUGCCAUCACAGGUCUGAAUGGUAGCGGAAAGUCGAACAUCUUGGACGCCAUUUGCUUUGUUCUUGGCAUCUCCAAUCUUACGCAGGUCCGCGUUGGAAAUCUGUCAGAGCUUGUAUACAAGCAAGGGCAGGCCGGCGUGACGAAAGCCAGUGUGACCAUUGUCUUCAACAACGAGGACAAGCAGAACAGUCCUGUGGGGUACGAGAUGCACGACAAGAUCAUCAUUACGCGUCAAAUCGUCAUCGGAGGCCGAAACAGGUUUCAUUCGGUGUCGCUGAAUGUGAACAACCCCCAUUUUCUCAUCAUGCAGGGUCGGAUUACGAAGGUGAUCAACAUGAAGCCUCAGGAGACGCUGAGUAUGAUCGAAGAGGCCGCCGGCACUCGCAUGUAUGAGAACAAGAAGGCAGUUGCUCUGAAGACCUUGGAAAAGAAGCAGAACAAGGCGGGGAAUACGUUGCAGGUCGAUGAGAUCAACCAGCUGUUGAGUGAAGAGAUCACUCCGACGCUGGAAAAGCUGCAGAAAGAGAGGCUCUGGGUCUCCAACAACAAUGAGAUUGAGCGGUUGGACCGCUUUUGUGUGGCCUAUGAGUAUGUGCAGUUCAAGAACCGUCUUGAGAAUAAGAACCAUCAGCUGGAGGAAAUGGAGGAGAUGAUCAGGGCUGGUCAGACGUUGGGGGAUGAAGAUGGGGAGACCUUGGCCCAGAUUGCCAAGACCGUCUCGGAGCUCGGGCGUCGCGACACGGCCAUCCAGAAGGAGAUGAAGCAACGCACGGCGUCGCGGGACAAGGCGCGGUCUCAGGAAUGGAAGAGGCUCGAAGAUGAGCACAACAAGCUCUCCAAGGAGAUGAGAGAGAUCGCCUCCAUCGAAUCCAAGCUGAAGAACAAAGAAGCGGAACUCCAGACUGAGAAGGAGCAUCAAAAGAAAUCCAGCUCAGGCGCCUGUAUGGGAGACCUGAGAAAGCAGCUGCAACAGAAGGAGACAGUCUAUGAGAAAGAGAAAGGCAAAUAUGACAAAUUGACUCAAGAGGAAGCAGGUACCAAUCAGGAAAUCGAAAAGGCGCAGUGGUCGAUGCAAGCCAUCACAGCAGGCAUGGCAGAGGCACCGGACACCAAUGGGGAGCAGUGCUCAGUCCGAGAGCAACUGCUUCGUGCACAGACUCGAUUGCAGGAGAUGCAGGCUGAAGAGAAGACGAAGAGCAUGGCAAUUGCCAGCUUGAAGGAGCGCAUUGCAACCGCCGAGCAGGUCUUGGGGCGAAGCAAGCAGGACGACAAGCGCCUGGCCAAGGAAAGGACGGCCAUUGAAACCAUGGUGAAGGAGCAACGCGGCAAGUUGCAGAAGGCGGGUUUUGAUCCUGAGGCCUUUGGGCAGCUGCAGCAUUCUCUGCGUCAGGUGGAGGCUGCUUGGCACUCCAUGCAAGAUCGGGUGGACUCCCUACGGGCUCACCUGGGUGGUUUAGACUUCCAGUACAGCGACCCUUACAGGAACUUUGAUCGCUCCACUGUGAAGGGUGUGGUGGCGAAGCUUUUCCACAUCAAGCCGGCCGCCUACCAUCGGGCCCUGGAGGUCUGUGCUGGUGGGAGACUUUAUUUUGUGAUCGCAGACAACGAAGAGACUGGGAAAGCCCUGCUGGACAAAGGUCAAUUGAGGCGGCGAGUCACGAUUAUUCCGUUGAAUAAGAUCCAGGACAAUAGCAUCUCCCAACAGGUGGUCCGGCAAGCGCGGCAAAUCAUUCCCAAGAAGGCCGAAGCGCACGUUGCCAUGGAAAUCAUUGGCUGCGAGAAACAGGUCAUGAGCGCCAUGAAGUUCGUCUUCGGGCCCUACAUGGUCUGUGACACGCCCGAGACGGCCAAGCAGAUCACCUUUCAUCCCAACGUGAGGGUGAAAACGGUGACCAAGGAGGGCGAUUUGUACGACCCAGCUGGAACCAUCACGGGUGGUUCCGCACCCAAGGGCGGCAACACGUUGAUGAAGCUCCAAGAGUUGUCCAACCUCGAGAAUCAGCUUCACAAGAAACGAUGCGAAUACGACAAGGCACGAACGCAGGUUCAAAAGAUGCAAGAGACAGCUUCCCAGUUUUCCACUUUGGAGAGAGAGCUGAAGUGCAAAGAACACGAGUUGGCCUUGUUGGACGAUCGCAUCAGUCGUAGUGAGCACCACACGGCGGAGCAGUCCAUCCAGGACAUGCAGUCUGAGAUGCAAAAACUGCAAGAAGACAUCGCCAAUCUUCCUGAGGAAAAGAAGCGUUUGGAGAAGUCUACAAAGCAAAUGGAGAAGGACAUCAAGAGCUUGGAUUCCAGCCGCGAAGACCGCAUCAAGUACUUCGAGAGGCACAUUGCUGAGCUCAAGAAGUCUGCCAAACAGAAUGUGGACAAGAUUGAGAAGCAAAGGGAGAAGACUGAACAAGCCCAAGUGGAAGUAGAAGUGCUCCGGAACGAACUCCUGCAGAUGGAGGGCAAAGAACAGGACAGUGGCAGGGGUCAAGAAUCCAUCGCAGCAGAGAUUCAGCAGAUGUCUGAGUCGCUCUCGGCCAAGAAGGCUUCUUAUGCAGAAACAGAUACACAACGCGAGAACCUGAGGGUGGAGUUGGAGAGCCUUGCCCAGAACGACUGGGGUCGUGCCCAGAACGCCGACGAGAGCUUGGCAAAGCUAUCAGAGGAGAUUACUCAGAACAAACAAAAGCGAGAAGAGCAGGAGCUGGAGCAGAAGCGAGUGACGCACAAGAUCCAGCAGUUGCAGAAGGAUGACAAAGAAUCGCACGUGGUGGUAGCCCGAAUGGAGAAGGAACACCCCUGGAUUCAGAAGGAGCAGGCGCUCUUCGGAAAGAAGGGCACGGACUUCGACUUCCAAGGUGGUCGUUAUCAGGAAAACAAGGACAGGCUAGAGAAACUCACCACGGAACAGAAGAAACUCAGCAAAAACAUCAACAAGAAGGCCAUGGCGAUGUUUGAAAGAGCUGAGCAGGAGUACAAGGAGCUCCUAUCCAAGAGAGACAUUAUCUUAAAUGACAAGAGCAAAAUCGAAAAGGUCAUCAAGGACCUUGAUGAGAAGAAAACAGAGACCCUGCGACGGACCUGGAAGAAGGUCAACAAGGACUUCGACUCCAUCUUUGGGACCUUGCUGCCCAACACCAAUGCGAAGUUGGAGCCUCCGCAGGGGAUGGAUGAGACUGAGGGCUUGGAGAUCAAGGUCGCUUUCCACGGGGUUUGGAAGCAGUCUUUGACCGAGUUGAGUGGUGGACAGCGCUCCCUUCUUGCGCUCUCCCUGGUCCUAGCCCUCCUUCUUUUCAAGCCUGAAGGGAUGUUCAAUCAUGCGAACGUGCUUUUCCGCACGCGCUUUAUUGAUGGUACUUCAACAGUCACGCGCUGUGCCAUUCGCGACGAUGACGAUCGGGUGGCAAUGCCACCCCAAAAGAAGGUGGAAGGCCAUUUGGCGGUCGGUAGAGGCCUCACCACGGCUCUCUGUGCGGAGCCGGUGAUUGAUGUGGAGGCAGUGGAGAAUCUCUGCAAUGCCUCCCUGCAGGACGCCUUGAUGGUGGUCUACCUGUCCAACCUCACGCGCACGCAGAUCUCCAUCGCUGAAGCUUGGUUUAGGGACCGGCGCGAGUUGCCAUGUCACUAUUUGGGCGGUGGAGUGAACUUCAUCGUUUUGACAGUGUCGAUGCAGCUCGACAACACUUCAAUGUUGGCGACGGACUAUGGCAGGACUGGCCUCUUGUCUGGCAUUGGACAAGCGGUCCUUUCAGAUGGCAGGGCACUUACCCCUGUCGAGGCAACUCAGAUCGGGCUGGUGUGGCGCCUGUCAAGGAGAGUCAUGGCUUUUCAGAGUGGAGCAACCGAGGCAGAGUUCCAAGACAUUGACCCGUGGCAAGAGACGCCACCAGCUGAUAAUUCGAGGCAAACUUCCACUUCGUCAGGAGUAAAGGAGAAGGUCCUGAAAAUGGCAGCUUUGAUUGACCAGAGCGAUGAUUCAGAACUUUUACCCCCAGCUGCAGGGGAAGUCACUACAUGGUUACAAAACUACCAUGCGGUGAUGGGGGCUAUGCCGGAAGAAGCCGAAGAACCUUCUCCCAACCAACUUGCCGCACUUCAUAAAAGAGUCUACAAGGACGACGCCCCUCCCUAUGUGGACUUCGGUGUCUUCGGGCCCUUCGAGAGGAAGUUGACGAAGAUCCAAAGGUGCAGAAUUUACACACCACUAGGUGAUGGAACGUACCUCCAACGAGACCUUCCCGGACCACCAACGUAUCAGGGAUGGUUAGCGUCAUGGAGGGUGUUGAAGACGGCUUGCAUCAUGCUGGACAUUGCAUCCUUAGCGUCCCUCGAGGUAUAUGGCAAGCACAUCGAAAGACUUGUAACCCAGUGGCCAUCGGCAUGGGGAUUGAUUUACAGUGCAGAAGAUGCAGCCCGCGCAGAGAGGAUGUCGAAACUUCGACGAUACUUCACAGUGGAGGCGAGCCUUGGUCGUCAAGUUCCAAGAGACUGGAAUGCCCAGGCACCUUGGAGUUGUCUGUUCAUACAACUUGCCCGGGAUGACACGUACUGGGCAGAGAAAGUACAUGUCCCAGCUUCUGCUUGGGUUGCGUCUGGAGCAAGAGGCCAACCAGUGGUAGCCACCGAAGCAGCCGUUAAGGCGCACGUUCCUGGACUUCCAGAUACAGUUCCUCAUGGUGACGUUGCUGAGCAUGAAGAUGGAAAACGCAAGCAGUCUAAUCGUGACCGCAAAAUUGCAAGGAAGAGAAAGUUCCAGGCGAACAUGGAAGAGUUGAGAAUGUUUAGACAAUCCAAUGGAAAAGGACACCAGCAAGGGGGUGGAGGCAAAGAUUCAGGCGGCAAAGGGAAAUCCAAGAGCAAAGAUCAAACUGGAGCACCCUUGUGCUUUUCUUGGGCUGCUGGCACAGGAACUUGCGGAAACCUUCCACCUGGUGCGGAGUGUGCUGCAACGAUCAAACGAGUCCACAAAUGUCGAAAGACGCGUCGUGCCCUAAGGGAUGACAACGGCAUGGACUUGCCACUGCCAGGACAUUUCAAAGCAAGAGAUGAGGGCGGUAGCCCGUGUUCGGUGGAUUUUGGGGAUGGCGAUGAACUGUCGCCGCUCCCCGCCGAUACGGAUGACGAGCCUGGUGUCAGCCAUGGCGGUGGUUCCGAAAACAUCAGGGCGAUAAAGAUCGAGGCGGCCAAGAACAGAUUGGAAACCGUUGUCUUGAGCUUAGAUAACAAAAUCGAUCAAACCCUGGAUUUGUCCAAGCCUUCAAGUUCCGCGGCCAUCAAGCAAGAAGUUGCCAGGGGUGAAUGGGAUUACACACAUGCAGGAUUCCCGUGUGGUAGCUUCAGCAUGGCUCGGCACAAUGCAACCCCGGGGCAACCUGGUCCUGUCAGGGACAAGCUGAACAUUUAUGGAUACCAGGGCAACACCCCGCAACAGCAGGCCGAAGCUGACAAAGGCACGAGAAUGGCAGUGCAGGCGGGGGACAUCUACCAGGAGCAAGUCAAGGCAUGUGAGGCGAGAAGAGUCCCCCCGUUGGCAACUCUUGAGAAUCCUCCAGGAAGUGAAGAAUCAGGAGGAGCUUGGGAUCUACCUGAACUUCAAAAGGCGCUGGAGGAAACACACGGAGUUAAAGUUCCCUACCAUUCAUGUGCUUUCAUGGCAAGAGAAAAACAACGUUUUCUCAAACCAGAGGUUUGGGCAGGCAGGCUUUCAGGAAUUGAAAAGCUUCAGAAGGUCUGCAAGUGUCCUGCGUGGAUCAAACAUGUGCCACUGAUUGGAAAACAGAUGACCUCGCUGGCGGCAGAGUACCCGCAGGGCCUGGCCGAAGCUGUGGCGAAGGAGGUCGUGGCCUCUUGGAAGAAGACGCUCAACUUGGAGUGGUGGUGUUAUCAAAUCGAGACAAAAUCCCAGGAGGUUGGCGAACUUCAAAAGAAGUGGCUCCAGAACGAGGACAACAAGAGCAAAGCAGCAGACACGAGGCCACCACCCCAGAAAAGAGCUGCUGCCAUGGCCUUCAAAAUCGACAACAUCGAGAGUGAUGACAUGGCGAGCGGUUCCAACACCAUCCCAAUCAAGGAGUUGAAAGAGCACCACAACUUCAUGGCGGUGGGAGGUAUGAGAAACCCUGCGAGGAGUGUCAGGAGAUUAACUCAGCUCUCGGAAGUUGGAAAGAAAAUUUCGAAGCUUUGGGAGGAAUUUCAAGACUCGCACCCAAAGGUCCUAGAGGUUGCCAGACGAUACGGCAAGGCAGACAACACCUUUGACGAGGAGCUGGUCGCCGAGUGGAAAAGGGCCCUAUUGGACAACUUCACAAAGAUCCAGGACAAGCCAAUGGUUGUCAAGGAGAAUUGGGAGUUCAAUUCACCUCUACAAGCUGAUCUUUGGCAAGCGUGGGGUGAAGAAGCUGCAGACCCCGACCUGUGCCUACAUGACUUCAUGAGGAGGGGGGCACCACUAGGCAUGGAAGUGCCCAUCCCACCAAGCGGAGUUUUCCCGCCAACGGUGGAUCAGGAGGUUGUCAACUCGGAUCCGGCUGGCGAGUUCGAGACCUUAAAGUUCCUGACGAACUACAAAUCAGUUCGAGAUCAACCUGAUGAAGCCACGAUAGAGAUCAACAGGUAUGUGGAGAAAAACUUUGCGAAGAGAGUAAAGUGGAGCUGGGUCAAAGACACCCUGGGAACAACGGGCACGGUGUCCAAAAUGGCGCUGAUUCUCAAGGAGAAGGAGGACGGCAGUGUCAAACGACGCAUCAUCCUGGACAUGAGGAGAAGCUUUGGCAACUCCCGGGCGCGUGUGGAGGAGAGAAUAACCCUCCCGAGACUUGUGGAUGUCACGGCAAUGCUCCAGGAGAUGUGGAAAACCAGAGGGGGACCAAAGGGAAAAAGGGAAAACUCGGAUACCGAUGAUUUCGAGUUCUAUCUCCUGGACAUGCAAGACGCGUUUUGCCAUUUCCCCCAUGACGAUGAGGCAUUACUGUGGACAGCGAUGCUCUUUGGCUACAAGGCCGCCCCACUUAUAAUGGGGAGGCUGUCGUCUGCCGUCGGAAGAUUGCUACAAAGCAUGCUGGACCCCAGAAAGGCCCAAAUGCAAGUCUACGUGGAUGACAUCCUUCUGGCAGCCCUUGGAGACAAAGAUGCACGUGAAAAUCAACUAGCGGCCGUGUUGUAUACGGCAGCGGCUUUCGGAGUGCAGAUCAACUUGAGGAAGGGCGAGAGGGGGCGUCGAGUCACCUGGAUUGGCUGCACCAUAGAGGUCCCGGCGGUCGAGAUUGGUGAGCCAGAAGUGGUGGUGCUCGGCAUAUCCAAACAGAUGAUCGACCAGGUCAUCGUCACCCUCCAAACUUGGACUGGAGGGGGCAUGGGCACGAUCAAAGAACUUCGUGCCACCACAGGCCGUCUGUCAUGGGUAGGCGGAGUGUUACCGAGACUGAGAUGGACGGUGAACGUUCUGUAUGCCACUUUGGCACAGGUGGAACGAGAUCAGAAAGAUGGGAUGGAGGAAAGGAGAGCAGCAGCGCGUGAAGAUACACGCAGCAAGACGGGUCUGUUCCCCAUCAAGAGGCUGGGAGGUGUCCAUCACUGGCUGCUGAAGUUGUUCGAGAACCCGGUGGAGCAUCUGGUGAGAGUGGAAAGAAUGAAGAAACCGCUGGUGUCCAUGGGAAUCAUCACAGAUGCUUCACCAAAAGGCUGGGGUGCCAUCCUUGUGAAAGUGGUAGAUGGACACCGGAAACAAUUGGUGCCAUUGGAGGCAGUAGAAGGCCUCAUUUCAGAGGACGAGGCAAAGCUGCUGGAGGUGCCUUGGGGAGAAUCAGCCUCGCAAGCGGGCAGUGGACAAUGGGGCCACAAGCUACGCCUACGAGCUAUCCUCAUACGAGCCGAUAGCUCAGUGGCGCUGGCAAUGAGCCGCAAGCUGGCGUCCCCGCAUCAAUCCUUAAACUUCCUGGCGGCGGAACUGGCCUUGAGAUUGGAAAAGUUUGAGAUUCAGCGAGUGGUCCACCACCACUUGCGGGGAUCGCUCAACGUGGAAGCGGAUUGGCUGUCCAGGCUGUUGGAGCGUGGGGACAAACCCAAGCCUCCGGGGCUAGAGGGAGUCCGCCUCCAGAGGGCAGCACCGUGGAAGGCCAGCCAUUUCUGGUUGAAAGCCCCGGGCGAUCCCUCGAUCAUGGAGGUCCAAGCUGUUGAUGCGUUUGGCCCCGCCCGUCACGAGGGAGGCGACGACGCGGUGCUAUGGAUCCUCCUGUGGGUCUUCUCUUUGGUGAUAGCGUUCCUGGCGGGUGCUCUGUGUUGGAGACAAUGUGGUUCGCGGCAUUGCCACCAGGUCGAGCAACAGUCCCACGAGGCGCAGAAGCAGCUACAGUACAUCGAGGUCAAGUCACUCCAGCAGGAGUUCCAAGCCAAAAAGGUCGUUGAACAAGCAACCUCGAGACCAAAGACGAGGCAACUCUGCAUGAUGAAAAGAGCUCUCAAGCGUGACACCGGUCCUGACGCGAGGGCCAAAGAAGUCAAUCCGGAACAUAUACCUCCGGAACUGUGGGAGCAAAAGUUCCAGCAGGCAGGGGUCCAGAACAGGCCGUGCUGGGCAUAUGCAUGGGCAGUGAUCUGGAUGCUGAGAUGCGUGGAGCUCACACAACUUCUGGCAGGUGACAUCACGCUCAACUUCAACGAGGAGACGGUCACCCUGUUCAUCCGAAAGUCCAAAAUGGACCAGGCAGCGCAGGGUGUCAAAAGAACACUGAAGUGCUGUGGACAAGAAAUUUGCGCCAGGCUAUGCCCAUGGAGCUUGGGAAUCAGAAUCCUGGCGGAGCACACAGAGGAUGAUGAGAUGGCGCCAUUGUUCCCGGACGUCAAUGGUGUCAAGGUCCCCAAGAUCAAGAUAACAAAGAAGUGGAUGGAUGUCAUCGACCCGGGCAUGUGGACGAGAGCGCCGCCCCAAUUGAGGUACCAGAUCUUCCACGUCUUCCCAAAACUCCCGGCGGUGAAGGAGCUCCGGCACACAGAAAUGCAAAAAAUGCGAGCAGCUCACCAGUCCCGCGACAAAGUCAGUGGAGAGAUCAGUCUUGCGCAACUGGUGCAAUUGAAAGAUCCAACUGCUGUGGACAAAGAAAAGAUCAGUGCCCUCUUCGGGCUGGCGCCUGAGCUGUGA